AUGGUUGUCGAAGUGAUUCAUCAAUCUUCGAGUGAAGCCUCAAUUGAAGUGAUCGGUGAAGAUGAAAUCAGGGAAAUAUCGACAACUAAAAUCGAAACAAAAAGCAAAAAGAAAUUUCAAUGGUCUCGUGGAGAGUACGCGAUUGAGGAAUAUCCAGAGAUGGGAAUGCUUUCUUCAGCUCUAUUAUAUUUCGGCUUCACGGUGAUCAUUUUCUUUUCUCGUUUGGCUGAUUUCUUGAGAAGACAUGGAGUGUUGAAAGUCGGAGGAGAAGGAGUGGCGAGAGAAAGGCCUGAACAACGGGAUUUUGUCUCUUUGGAAAACGAGUUCGAAUCGAUGUACAUCAACAAUAUCUAUCGGAUAUCGUCUGAUGUUGUCAAUAGGCCAAUUGUCGGUGUGCCAGGGGCGGUGGUUCGAUUGAAAGAGAGAAUUUCUCCCGAUUAUGGAUGGACAUAUCAAACUGGAAAAGCUAGAGAAAUGGGUGAAAGAGAGUCAAAAAGCGCGAAUGGCUCAACUGUCUACAAAUUUUGCGUUGAUUUCCUUGCUGGCGGAGCAUCGGCGGCUCUUGCUCGAACAAUUGUCGCUCCAAUUGAUCGAGUCAAAAUUUUGUUACAGCUCCAAGACGCCCAACAAACGAUCGCCGUUGACAAGCGAUAUAAAGGAAUCGUUGAUUGUUUCACUCGAGUGUGCAAAGAGCAAGGACCGUUGACUCUUUGGAGAGGAAAUGGGAUCAAUGUCAUGAGAAUUUUUCCCCAACAGGCACUCAAUUUUGCCUUCAAGGACACAUACAAGAAAUUCUUCCUCGUUGGCGUCGACAAAGAUAAACAAUUUUGGCGUUUCUUUGCCGGAAAUCUCGCUUCUGGAGGUGCUGCCGGAGCGACGAGUCUUCUCGUCAUCUAUCCACUCGAUUUUGCUCGAACUCGACUCGCCACCGAUAUCGGCAAAAGUGCGAUCGAUCGUGAGUUCACGGGUUUCUUCGAUUGCACGCGAAAGAUCGUCAAAUCGGACGGAAUCAUCGGAUUGUACCGGGGAUUCAGCUCAUCCAUUCAAGGAAUCAUCAUUUAUCGUGCCAGCUACUUUGGUCUUUUCGACACGAUUACUCAAACGGUGGUCGAGGAUCGAAAACAAUUGAAUUUCUUCUACGCGUGGAUCAUUGGACAGUUCACCGUGGUCACUUCUGGACUAAUUUGCUAUCCAUGGGACACAGUGCGUCGUCGAAUGAUGAUGAACAGUGGACGAGAAGCGGCGAUUUACAAGACCACUCUUGAAUGUUGGAAGACAAUUUAUCUAAAGGAGGGCGGUUUGAAAGCUUUCUACAAGGGUGCUCUUUCAAAUGUUUUCCGUGGAAUGGGCUCAGCUCUUGUUUUGGCUUUCUAUUCAGAAAUCACCAAAUACGUU